GCCGCCGCCGCCGAGUCCCGCUGCCGCCGCUCCGUGCGCGUGUGGACGGAAGAACGCACCGCCCCGAGCCCCGCGGAACAUGCCCCGCAGCCGCCGGUGAAGGCCUCCAGAGUGUCCGGGCGGGAGACGCAGCACGGAUCCGGCCCGGUGUGCGCACGAUCCCCGCCAGGAUGUGGAAAGUUUUGGCUACGAGCGGUGCCGUAGUUUUCCCCGGUCUGUUCUGGGCUCUCCGGAGGGUCCUGCCGCGCGUGUUCCGCCGCUGGAGCGAUGCGGACGUGGUGCUGGUCAGCGAGAGGCUGGUGUCCUCGGUCCACGCGCUCAUGGCGACCGCCGCCGGAGUGAUCAUCGUGGCGUCGUGUUGGAACAACGUCAUCCACGACAGACACCGACUCGCCACGGACUUCGUCAUCUACUACGGCGUCCCGUACAUGACCUACGACAUCCUCGCCAUGUACCUCAGCCACUACCACCGCUUCCGGGUCAAAGGGCACGAGGAGUACAAGCGGCACUCGCUCCGGACGGUCGCCUCGUUCCUGCGGAGGGAGUUUCUCCUGGUGCUUCAUCACAUCGCGCUGCUGACCGUCCUGCUGCCCGUCACUCUGUUCUUCAGGAAGGAGCAGGGAGAUUUCUUCAUCGGCUGUUUGUUCCUCACUGGAGGCUCAGCUCUCUUCUUCUCCUCUUCUACUCUUGUGUCACAGCUGGGUCUGCAGGAGUGUUGGAUCCACAAAGCCAACGGUGUCAUGGUGCUCUUGACCUUCUUCCUGUGCCGCAUCGCCCUCUUCCCCUUCAUGUACUGGAGCUACGGGCACCACUACGGGCUGCCGCUGCACCGCGUGCCCGCCCACCUGCCCGCCGCCACCAACCUGGGCAGCUGCUGCAUCCUGGCGCCGCAGCUCUACUGGUUCGUGCUGCUGUGUCGGAAAGGCUACCGUCUGUACCGGCGGAGCAGAGAGGCCGCGCCGACGACGGGCACCGCCACGCCACCGGGGAGCGCCAAGGACAACUGACCCCCGGCCGCCGAACGCACCGCGGAUAUUUACACGAACAUAUCAGAUUUAAAUCUUCUUCUAGAGUUUUAUGAAUGGACAGACUGCGCCCUCUGCUGGUGAAACGCUGCUCAGACUCUUAUUUAUUUUGGUAGAAUUUUCCACUACAUUCACUUUGCUCCAAGAGGCUCAGGUCAGAGGGGCUCAGGUCAGAGGGGCUCAGGUCAGAGGGGCUCAGGUCAGAGGGGCUCAGGUCAGACGGGCUCAGGUCAGACGGGCUCAGGUCGGAGAGUCGGAGGAAACGCGGCGAGUUAAGCUUCAUGUUUUUCGACUGCAGAAAAAUAGAAAACCUAAAUAUAAAAGCGACACAAAUCCAAAUUACAACCAAUUACGUCACAUUCGUUUUUUUUUUUUUUAUUUCAAUUAAGAAUGAAAAACAUCAAAACGGGAAAACGGUUUAUUUCAUUUUUCCGAUUUGGUGUCAAACAAAACAAACAGAUUUCGACCUCUAUUUCCGAUAUUUAAAUUAAAACAUUUACAUCUUUUUUAAUUUUGAUAUUUUACACUGGAAAAAACAAAAUCUAAUUACGUUAAAAUGAGUUAAAUUAAGAACAUUUUACUAUUUUACUUUUAUUUGAGUCGAUUCAGCUUCAUUUUCCACACAAUUUGACUCCACAAAACUAUAAUAAAAAAGUUUUUUAUUACAGAUCCAGGGUCGGUCAAAACCAGAAAAUAAAAUAUCAGAAUUUAAAUAUUUAUUAUUUGAAAACUUUAAAUUAAAUAUUGGAAAUGGAGCUCGAAAUCAGUUUUGUUUUUUUGACACUAAAACUAAUGAAAUCACAAACUGUUUUCCCAUUAUAAUGUUUUUCGUUCCUAAUUGAAAUUUUAAAAAACGAAUUGUACAUGGACUAAUUCUGAACAUGAUUAAUUUGAAUUAUUUUAGCAUUUUUAGUUUAUUUACUCGAUUCAUAUCAUUUGGUGAAACAAAGCUCGACAGUGACGCCUCCUCCUGGAUCUGACGCUAAAUUUUCCGUUGAUUUUUCCCGUAGACUUUCAAAAAAAUAAUAAUAUUAAAAGUGUGAACGCUCCGAACGAAUCAGCUCCGGAGAAACUAAUUACAACUAAACCUAGAAUUGUUUUUAUUUAAAAUCUUGUGUUUGAAAUGUGCCGUGAACUUUGAACUGAAUAUUUGAAUUUUAAAGAAAAGUCUACGGGAAAAAUGAUGGAAAAUUUACCAGAGCGAGCGUCACACACGAGCGUUUUCUUUUUGUUUUUUUUAUUAUUUUUUACAAAUUUUCUGCAAGUGGAGAAUUUUAUCAAACGUCGUCCUCCACUCGCAGGAAAUUUGAAAAAAUAAAAAAAAUAAAAAAAUUCUAAGCCCCCGAAAAUUAUAAGAAUUUAUUUAUUUUUUUCAAAUAUUUUAAAAUAUCUGUGAUUUUUAGAUCUUAUUUUCUUGCAGUUCUUGACAGGUCAGCUCAUAUCCUUUUUAAUGUGAUUUUUAUCUUUACUGUAACGACGGUUUCCGGAAACUGAAACCGUAAACUUCUGCCGAUUUGUUGUAGCAGCUUGAUUUUCGCCUUUUUAACGACUAAAGCUGUUCUUUUUAAUUAAUUUAACGAGCGUUUCCGGCGAAUAUUUUUGAACAUUACGUUGGCGACGACAAACUGACGAUUUUAGGGCUCGACGUGAAAAAACAAUUAUAAUAAUAAUAAAACGUGACUACUUCUGUUUUACUUUGUUUACUGUUUUAGUUUACGAUUUUAUUUUGAAAUUUUGAAUACACUUUAAUAUCAAAUAAAGACCAAAACAAACUUUGGAUUAAAUAAUAAAAAUCUUAACUAAUGUUUAUGCUUCAAAAUUAAAGUCCCUUCGUGUAACAUUUCAGCCAAAAAAGCAAGAAACUAAAUCGCAUCUCACCAGGACUAAACCAGGUCUAAACCAGGUCUAAACCAGGUCUAAAACAGGACUAAACCAGGACUAAACCAGGUCUAAACCAGGACUAAACCAGGACUAAACCAGGACUAAACCAGGACUAAACCAGGACUAAACCAGGUCUAAACCAGGACAAAACCAGGACUAAAACCGGUCUAAGCCAGGUCUAAAUCAGGACUAAACAAGAACUAAACCAGGACUAAACCAGGUCUAAACCAGGUCUAAACCAGGUCUAAACCAGGUCUAAACCAGAACUAAAUUAGGUCCAAACCAGGACUAAAUUAGGUCCAAACCAGGACUAAACCAGGACUAAGCCAGGUCUAAAUCAGGUCUAAAUCAGGUCUAAAUUAGGUCUAAACCAGGUCUAAAACAGGUCCAAAUAUUUUAAAAUUUCAGUGAUUUGAAAUAUUAUUUUCUUGAAGUUUUUUUUUUUUUUUUGACAGGUCAGUUCUGCCUUUCAUUUCCUUUUUCAUGAUUCUAGUGAAGAUUUGUGGAGUUUAAAAACACCACGGAGCACUUCCUGUAUCACCACAUGAUGACAUCACACGGUGGAACGGAGAGUUUUCAGUUUGGGUUGAGAGAAAAACUCGGCCUAAAUCUCCAAAAAGCAAAACAAAAAACAAAACACGACAUUAUUAAAGGAAUAAAUCAGAAAAUAGUUAAAUAUGGGCACUUUAACUGAAAUGUUACACGUUGGGGCUUUAAUUUUCUCUCCUAAACACUGGGAUGAAAAUGAACAGAUAUUGAACAGAAAUUAUUUUUUUAUUCCAGGGUUUUUUUCUCGUGUUUUUCUGCUGCUCUGACGCUUUCCUUUCGGGACCUUUCGUUGUUCGUGACCAAUUUUAGUGUUUUAUUUUAUUUUAUUUUUUUAUUUUAUUUUAUUUUUUUGCAGAUGAUUUUUACUUUCACGUUCUGCGCGGUCGGUUCUGUUGUUUAAAGGAGACAUGAUGUGCAGCCUGGAGGCGUCGGAGUCGUUUUUGGUCUGAUCCACGUUUGAGUCGGACGUUUUUCUCCGGAUUUUAAAACGACUUUGACGAGAAACUUUCUGACAGUUUUAGAGUUUUAGAAUUACAGAGGUCUAAACCAGAACUAAACCAGGUCUAAACUAGGUCUAAACCAGGUCUAAACCAGGUCUAAACCAGGUCUAAACCAGAACUAAACCAGGUCUAAACCAGGUCUAAACCAGGUCUAAACCAGGUCUAAUCCAGGUCUAAACCAGAACUAAACCAGGUCUAAACUAGAUCUAAACCAGAACUAAUCCAGGUCUAAACUAGGUCUAAACCAGGUCUAAACCAGGUCUAAACCAGGUCUAAACCAGAACUAAACCAGGUCUAAACCAGGUCUAAACCAGGUCUAAACCAGGUCUAAACCAGGUCUAAACCAGGUCUAAACCAGGUCUAAACCAGGACAAAAUCAGGUCUAAACCAGGUCUAAACCAGGUCUAAACCAGAUCUAAACCAGGACUAAAUCAGGUCUAAACCAGGUCUAAACCAGGACUAAACCAGGACUAAACCAGGACUAAACCAGGUCUAAACCAGAACUAAACCAGGUCUAAACCAGGACUAAACCAGGACUAAGCCAGGUCUAAAUCAGGUCUAAAUUAGGUCUAAACCAGAACUAAAUUAGGUCUAAACCAGGUCUAAACCAGGACUAAACCAGAACUAAACCAGAACUAAACCAGGUCUAAACCAGGACUAAACCAGAACUAAACCAGGUCUAAACCAGGUCUAAACCAGGACUAAACCAGGACUAAACCAGGACUAAACCAGGUCUAAACCAGAACUAAACCAGGUCUAAACCAGGACUAAACCAGGACUAAGCCAGGUCUAAAUCAGGUCUAAAUUAGGUCUAAACCAGAACUAAAUUAGGUCUAAACCAGGUCUAAACCAGGACUAAACCAGAACUAAACCAGGUCUAAACCAGAACUAAACCAGGUCUAAACCAGGUCUAAACCAGGACUAAACCAGAACUAAACCAGGUCUAAACAUGUACUGAAUCAGGACUAAAAUUGGAUUAACCAGAACUAAAACAGGUCUAAACUAGGUCUAAAUUGGGUCUGAACCAGGUCUAAAGCGGGUCCAGUCCAGGACCAAACCAGGUCUAAACCAGGACCAAACCAGGUCUAAACCAGCACAUUAUGUCUCGUCUUUAACAGUUUUUGUUUCUUUUGGGGCUGGUGUGUGAAGUGUCUUCUGGCGCCCUCUGGUGGUCAGAGCGAGAACAGCGACAUCAGGACAAAGAGACGCACGUCCGACGCCUAAAAACGCCAACAAAAAAAAAACCUCCAUCGCCUAAAGACACAAAAAUAAAAUAAAAUAAAAUCCCUCUUCAGCCCGAGCUUUUCUUCUCCUGAUCUGAUCUGGACGAACCGUUUUCAGGGGAAUUUUCAGAUUUGCACAAACACGUCUUCGCCGUCUUCCACUGGAGCCGUGAGCUGUGACCUUUCACUCCGUUUGAGUUUUUCUGAAUCUUUCUGCGUCGUUUUGCGUCGUUUUGUAUGACUGAGUAUAAGGGUCAGAUAAAAAAAAAAUAAAAAAUCAUGCUGGCGCUACGAGAAUAAAGUCAUAAUUUUACGAGAAUAAAGUCAUAAUUUUACGAGAAUAAAGUCAUAAUUUUACGAGAAUAAAGUCAUAAUUUUACGAGUAUAAAGUCGAAGUUAAAAUAAAGUCGUAAUAUUUUGAGAAUGAAGUCGUAAUAAAAUCAAAGUCAAAGUGAAAAAUGCGGCAGAAGAAAAACCUUGUUUUUCAAUAUAAAACCAAAAAUAAGAAAAUUAACAACAAUUUUCUUCAUUAUUUGCGCCUCCGGAACCAGGACUAAACCAGGACUGAACCAGGACUGAACCAGAACUAAACCAGGACCGAACCAGGACUAAACCAGGACUAAACCAGGUCCGGGACCAGACCAGGACUGAAAAUGAUUUAGUCCUGAUUCAGUCCUUGUUCAGUUGAAUGAACGAACGAUACACAGAUUCUUCUCUUUUACAAAAUGCUCCAAAUUCUCCACGAGCAGCUGAUUUUCUCCUGAUAUUAACACUUUAUUUUAUUUUUUUAUUACGACUUUUUCUGGCUUCGACUUUAUUCUCAUAAUAUUACGACUUUAAUGUCGAAAUGUUAUGACUUUAUUCUCGUAGCGUCAGCAUUUUUUAUUUUUUUUAUCUGACCCUUACACUCCGUCAUAGUUUUGAGUUUUUUUGAGUCGUUUUGAGUUUUUUUUGUGUGUGUGUUUUUCUGGUUGAGGCCGAGUCGACUCGAGUGCGACGCUAAAAAACUCGUGACAAAACACCGGCCGAGAUUCCACGUUUACUGUUUGUACGGAUCAUCUGUACCGGAUUUUUUUACUGUGUCACUUUUCCGUUCGGCGUCCGUCAACCUGCUCGUUUCCACGGAGACGUCACUGCUCCGUCUGGAAUGUUCCGCAGUGUGACUUUAAACAGCUCGACUUUUUACGUUUAUUCAGUCACCGGAGGAUUUAGAGCUCGGAAAUACUUCGAAAAACAAACGUUCUGACUGUGAGCGACGUCGCCGCUCCACAGAUCUGACCUGGACUAAAGAUGGACUAAACCAGGUCUAAACUAGGUCUAAACUAGGUCUGAAUCAGAACUAAACCAGGACUAAACCAGGUCUAGACCAAAUCUAAAAGAAGGUUUAAACCAGGUCUAAAAUCAGUUCUAAACCUGGUCUAAAACAGGCCUAAACUAGGUUUGAACCAGGUCUAAACUAGCUCUGAAUCUGGACUAAACCAGGUCUAAACUAGGUCUAAAAGAAGAUCUAAACCAGGACUAAACCAGGUCUACACCAGAUCUAAAAGAAGGUCUAAACCAGGUCUAAAACAGGUCUAAACUAGGUCUGAAUUAGAACUAAACUCUAGGACUAAACCAGGUCUAAACCAGGUCUAAACCAGGUCUAAACCAGGACUAAACCAGGUCUAAACCAGGUCUAAACCAGGACUAAACCAGGACUAAACCAGGUCUAAACCAGGAUCUAAACCAGGUCUAAAACAGGCCUAAACCAGGUCUAAACCAGGUCUCAACAGUGGAACAUUCCAGACGGAGCAGUGACGUCUCCAUGGAAACAAACAGGUGACCGACUCCCGAAGUGAAAAGUUCCACAGUGCAGCUUUAUCAUAGUUUUCAGUAAAUGUUCUUUAUCGUUUGGUCGGUGUCGCGCGUCGCUUCAGAGCAAGAAUCUCCCGACCCGCCGAGUUCUUUCAAUUUAAUCCAAAUAAUUUAAGGUUUUACGACUUAAUUUAACGGAUUAAAACUCGCUGUAAAUAUAAAUAAAACUUUUACGCAAAUCGAGAAACAAGUUUACGAAUUAAAGUUUUUUU